GCUGGGACUCCGGGAGAGAGCGAGCGUGUUUUGGUCGUCACUUACACACGGCGGCUGACUCGAGUCAAUAAACCGCGUGCGUGAGCGUGUGAACACAUUAUAUGCAUAAACCCCCACACCGCCCCCCUCACCCCUAACAAAGUCGACAGCGUGAUUAAACCCGCGGUGGGAACUUGAGAUAUGAUCAUAAUAAUAACCAGCGAAAUGGGAGGAAAGUCGUCGCUGGCUCGCUGAAGUUGGAGGUGCCGCUCGUGGAAGAGGAAGAGCUGGCCGACACCACGAGCUCACUCUGGUACAAAGGGUGAGCCAAGCCUUCCUGCGUGCCGCCUGCCAGCUGCCCGACUAAAAUGAGUAUAACCAGCGACGAGGUGAACUUCCUGGUGUACAGAUAUCUUCAGGAGUCAGGUUUCUCCCACUCAGCUUUCACCUUUGGCAUCGAGAGCCACAUCAGCCAGUCCAACAUCAACGGAACGCUGGUGCCCCCUGCUGCCCUGAUCUCCAUCCUGCAGAAGGGCCUCCAGUAUGUGGAGGCGGAGAUCAGCAUCAAUGAGGACGGCACGGUGUUUGACGGGCGGCCCAUCGAGUCGCUGUCGCUCAUCGACGCCGUGAUGCCCGACGUGGUGCAGACGCGCCAGCAGGCGUUCCGGGACAAGCUGGCCCAACAGCAGCAGGGGGGAGGGACCUGCGCCAUGGCCACGCCCAGUCCCGCCCACCAGGCCAUGGCGCCCAAGAACGGAGAGAUCCCGGUCAACGGCGAGGAGAACGGCACGCACGCCAUGAACCACCACGGGGAGCCCAUGGACCUGGACCUGGACGUGGAGAUCCCAGCCAGCAAGGCCACCGUGCUCCGGGGCCACGAGUCGGAGGUCUUCAUCUGCGCCUGGAACCCGGUCAGCGACCUGCUGGCCUCUGGCUCGGGGGACUCCACGGCACGGAUCUGGGACCUGAACGAGAUCGGCUCCUCCAGCUCCACCCAGCUGGUCCUGCGCCACUGCAUCCGCGAGGGCGGCCAGGACGUCCCGAGCAACAAAGACGUGACCUCGCUGGACUGGAAUAGUGACGGGACGCUGCUGGCCACCGGCUCCUACGACGGCUUCGCACGGAUCUGGACGAAGGACGGGAACCUGGCCAGCACGCUGGGACAGCACAAGGGGCCCAUCUUCGCGCUGAAGUGGAACAAGAAGGGGAACUCUAUUCUCAGCGCCGGUGUAGAUAAGACGACAAUCAUUUGGGACGCACACACGGGGGAGGCCAAGCAGCAGUUCCCCUUCCACUCUGCCCCCGCCCUGGACGUGGACUGGCAGAACAACACCACCUUUGCCUCCUGCAGCACCGACAUGUGCAUCCACGUGUGCCGGCUGGGCAGCGACCGGCCGCUGAAGACCUUCCAGGGCCACACGAACGAGGUCAACGCCAUCAAGUGGGAUCCUUCAGGGAUGCUGCUGGCGUCCUGCUCCGACGACAUGACCCUGAAGAUCUGGAGCAUGAAGCAGGAACAGUGUGUUCACGACCUGCAGGCCCACAGUAAGGAGAUCUACACCAUCAAGUGGAGCCCCACCGGGCCCAGCACCGGCAGCCCCAACGCCAACAUCAUGCUGGCCAGCGCCUCGUUCGACUCCACGGUGCGUCUGUGGGACGUGGAGCGCGGCGUCUGCAUCCACACGCUCACCAAGCACCAGGAGCCGGUGUACAGCGUGGCCUUCAGCCCCGACGGACAGCACCUGGCCAGCGGCUCCUUCGACAAGUCGGUGCACAUCUGGAACACCAUGAGCGGGGCCUUGGUUCACAGUUACCGGGGCACUGGGGGGAUCUUCGAGGUCUGCUGGAACAGCACCGGGGACAAGGUCGGAGCCAGCGCCUCGGACGGCUCGGUCUGCGUCCUGGAUCUCCGAAAAUAACACCUCAGACGAGACACGUUAGCCUUGGACCGUGUUUGUUCAGCGGAAAACAUUUGAAAUGGUUUAUUAAAGGGCUGCGAGCGAACCCCCCUCCCCCCCCCCCCACCCCCACACACAAGACCCCCAGGCUCUGAAGGCAGACAAAGAUGAAAACAAACCGCCCGUCACCAGUCAGCCUCCGCGCUGAGCGGACGUGCACGCGCGUGUGUGUGAUCAUCUGUUUGACGGACACUCCUGUGAGGGACGGACGGCAGAAGGCAGCUCAGACAUCUACAGGACUGACUCCUUCGAUCGCACUCCUUUUAGCGAGUCUUUUUAGCGUACGGUUCGAAGUCAAGUCCCGACCGGGAAGUGCCUGGGACUCCUCCCCCCCCGCCCCCCCCCCCCAUGGUGUCCCGGUUGCCGCGGUGCGACGCCCACCUGUGUAUGUGUCCACUGAGGGGGAGUGGCCGUGCUCGCUUGGCCGCUUCUGACGCUGAAAUGGAGGGGUUGUUGUUAUUCUGUUUAGCGGUUUCAUUUCGUCUCUCUUCAUUUGUUACGUCACUCAGAGUUCCGUCUGUGAGGAGCGUGUUCAUGUCCUCGCCGUCGCCUGCGGGGCGCGAUGAGGGUGAAUCACGAUCAGCAUCGAUGGCGGAGAGCCGACUUGUUGUGUUAAAGAACUCUGUUCCGCAAACGGACGCGUAAAAGUGGUCCGUAAGAGACGCCGUCAGGACGCGGCCCCGUCAUCAUCAUCAUCAUCAUCAUCAUCCUCACAUCGCUGUCUCGGAGAGGAGGAAGAACCAACAGCCGGUUUUAUUAACGUUCUUUUUAUAACCGGCCCUUUCGACCCAGCGAGGAGCGUGACCACGCGAUGUGUAAAGUGCCGUUUUUUCUUUUUUUUCCUACCUGCGUUUUCUCAAAUUCGGAUGUAAAUUGAAUGAAUGUAAAGUAACGUCAAUUGAUUGAACUGAAACGAACACAGAUUUAUAUACUGUGUAUAUAUGCUUCUAUACAGUACAGUUUAAGGCCAUCUGUUGAAGCCCGCUACCACGGCAACAGCCGCUCCCGGGCCACGUAAUCUCACCGUGUACUGACGGCCAAUCGGGUACCGUCCGGCCAGGACUGGGGAGCGGGAGGGAUGGGGGAGGUACUGACCGCGGUCGCCCUUAACCCCGUCACACAGACGUCCUGGUCCAGGUCCCCGUGUCCUGCAGAACUCUGGUUCCACACGUUCCAACAACAGGUGGACUCUAGGCUCUGUUUCACCCCCCCACCCCUCCGCAUCGGCCUACUGAACC